UCAUUUUCUUUCGUUCCAAUUUCACCGUGGACCAUGGCGACUGAUUGUAUGGAGAUUUGGGGACUCAAUGGAUAUCAAUAUUUGAAAUGAUUAGCACCUGAUUAUAUGCUUUAAUAUGUUUUUGUUAGAUGGAUGCGCUGGAGAAGUUUUACAAGGACAAGAUAAAGAUUUGCCAUGAUAGAAAUCUGGAGGAUCUGUGCUCGAGCGAUAAAAAUCUCGAGGAACUUCAAAAGCAGAACAGGAAGAUCCAUGUUGACGAACUCAACCAGGUCGAGCACAACAACAGUAAAUCGAAGAGUAGUGAAGAGCGCAAACAUACGCAAGAAGAGAUCUCAAAGGUGUUGAACAUUCUUGAGAACCAAGAGAAUGACAAAAAAGAGUAUGAAGCAGAGAUAGACAAAGUCUUACUAGAUCAGGCAAAUAAGCGCAAAGAAUUUAAAGAAAAGUAUUAUCAGGAGGAGAUGAAGAUGGAAGAGGAGUUUCAGCGCGUCAUUAAUGAUGUUUACAAAAAAUACAAUGCUCGUGCUUGCAACAAGUCAUACGCCCCCUAAUGCUUGUAAAAUCUCUCUCUCUCUCUCUCUCUCUCUCUCUCUCUCUCAGGUUUAUUUGAAUGCAAAACCAAGGAUCCAUAUGGAACGUAUACACGGGGUUAGGGGUAGGAGUAGGUGUAGGACAACUAGUUAUAAAGAGAAAUGAUUAGGGAAGAGAGAGAGAGAGAGAGAGAGAGAGCAUUAAAAUGAGUAUAUCCCAUUUCAAAGAAGGGAAAAACGUAUCAUAGAACAAAUCCAUAAUAGAGAGAUAGAGAGGGGAAUUAAGCUGUAUAUUGAACACAUUUCGAGAGGUCCGAUUCCAAGAUGCACAUUGGCUUCUAGAAGCUAGAAAUCGCCCAUUUCGAAGCAAUUAGUCAUGCUUUAUCAAACAAAGAAGCAACUCUGCUUGUGUAAUUGAUUGAAUGCAGCCGUCUUCAUCUCAAUGCCUAGGCACAUUCCAUUCUCACAUACCAACCCAAAAAUAUAACUAUACUAUGAUGAAUUGUCAAUAAAAGUUCUCUACUUUUUUUUAAUAGUCGAUAAAAGUUCUCUAAUGAUGAAUGCAUGCAUUCAUGAAAAUUGGAAUAAAAGCAUACAACCUGAAAUUAGAUAUACAGUACGUAAUAAGGUAGUUACGGA